AUUACAAGCAAGUCCCUGGCCUUUCAUCUCUCUGUUCCAAACCCCUAACCCCUCACCGCUACGCACGCGCCCCGGCGACCAUGGGCAAGAGCGGGAAGAAGACGAAGGAGUCGCACCGGCAAGGCCGCGGCCGCCGUGGCUCGCAGGUCGGCGACGACGACUUGCCGUCAUCUGCCUACGACGCCCCGCCGCGCCGCCAGGAGGACUCGGACGGUGACGAUUCCGACGACGCAGCAGCGGAAGACGAACACGACGGAGACGCGGAAGCAGGCGACCGCCCAGGCCAGUGGCAAGUCGGAUCGAUGCCUUCCAAGUUCCACCUGUACCAGCUCUCCGUGCAGUCGCCAAAAGGGGACAUCAGCUACCUGCAGAAGUUCUUUCUGAUGUACGUCGGCGGGCGCGUCCCUCUCCACCUGCAGGAGGAUUUCUGUGGCACCGCCCUCCUCAGUACUGAGUGGCUUCGCACUGAUACGAGACGAACAGCAGUGGGCUUAGACUUUGACCGUGAGUCACUUGAGUGGUGUCUUGAGAACAAUCUGAGCAAGAUUGGAGCUGAUGGGUCUUCGAGAUUGUUGCUUUUUGAUGGAAAUGUUCUGCAGCCAAAUGAAUCUCGCCUUGUCAAGCAAAAGAUCAGUGAUCUCGUACAAGGUCUAAAUGUUACCAGUGACGAUGGCUGUACUGAAAAGAACAGCUGCGAGCAGUCAGAUUCUUCAUUUACGAAAUGUGAAGCCAAUUCGACCAUGUCAGAUGCAGUUUUGCCUGGAAGAGACAUAAUUUGUGCAUUCAACUACAGUUGUUGUUGCCUUCACAAGAGAAAGGACUUGGUUUUGUAUUUCAGGCAUGCUUUCAAUGCACUUUCUAAAAGAGGCGGUAUAUUUGUGAUGGAUGUAUAUGGUGGCACAUCAUCUGAAUGCAAGCUUCGUCUCCAGAGGAGAUUCCCCAGCUUCACUUAUUUCUGGGAGCAAGAAGAGUUUGAUAUCAUAACUCGUGAAACAAGGAUCAGCCUCCACUUUCAAGUUGGAAAGAAGCAAAUGAUACGGCAUGCUUUCACGUACCAUUGGCGCCUGUGGUCGAUACCAGAAAUCAAGGACUGUUUGGAGGAAGCUGGAUUUAAGUCCAUCCACGUCUGGGUCAGGGAGAUGCCGGACACCAAAUCAAGCGGAAACGCCAAGGAGUACACUGCCGACCGCGACGUGAAGUACGAGGAGCUCCAGCAUUUCAACCAGGCAGAUGCUUGGAACGCGUACGUAGUCGGGGUAGCAAACAUCUAAGAUGAGAUGAUCCUUGCUGCCUCCUGCUACGAAAAUGCGGUGGAAAGUUGGGAACCUGACAAUUUCCCCUUCCAACGCUGGAGGAGACACGUUCUGCCUAAUGUGCGGAUGCUCGCCCAUCGCAUUGCAACCUGAAGUAUCCGGAGGGUGUUUCCGAUGACAGUUCUAAACUAGUUUCUGUAAUAAAACCAUCCCUUUUGAUCUCUCGCUAGUUGCGGAAGACGAUGGUCAUUCGGUACGCCGAGGCUUCUUGAAUCUGAAGAGCUAUCAUUCUCUCGAACGUGGAACGUCAAGGGCUUGUUGUGGAGUUGCACCAGGUGGCACUUCACUGUUGGCAUAAGCUCAUUGGUUGCAUGGCUGUGUAGGCUAGUCCAUUUGCUUUUCUGCUUUUGUAAUAGGGUCUUUUACAUCUGUGUUCCUAACUGGAACCCACUACUCAUAUUUACUCUUAAUUUUAAAGUGUGCUCAAAUUUGCCCCUC